AUGGUGUAUACUGAACAUGGAACUACUAGACUCCAUACAUACUUUAUGUCUCCAAAUAAGGUCGUAUUGGAAGAAAUCAAUGAGCCUAUUUCUCCAGAACUCAAUCGAAAAAAGUUUACAAGUACAGAGGUAGGAUCAUGUAGUAGAAAAUUGGACUUGAAUGAGAACUAUGACUUUUAUAGGUCUGUUGUACCUUUUGGACAUUUUGAUAGAGAUGUAUUGAAAGAUGUUGGAGUUCAGCCUGCAAGUGAGGAGCUUAACAAAGCCCAAGAUGUUGGACCUUCAGAAGACUUUGAUCCUUUCUUUUAUAUGGAUCAUAAUGAUUACCAACAGAUGGGGGACGAUGAUUACCAACAGAUGGGGGACAAUGAAGAAAUUGGAGAUGCUAUUAGUGAUGAGACUAGUACCAAUGGAAGUAUAAGCGAGGAUAGUGACUUUUUAGUGGAUGAACUUAAUAUGGUGGAGGAUGUCGAAGUGAAUAUGAAAGACUUCCACAGUGGUGUUUAUUCUUUUCCAAAUCUAGAUAACCACCAAUCAUUCAAUGCACCUGAUGUCACAGUUGAUGACGAUUUGGAGGUGAUAGAUACACAGUUGUUUGAAUCAGCUGGUGUAGAAGAAGAUGAGAGGAAGAAGUUAAUGAGAAGGGGUGUGGUCCCAGAAAUGACAGGUGGGCCAUGGACAAAAAGUAGAAUCAAAUGCAAGGACAAAACAGUAAGUUCACAAAAAGCAACAUGCCCUUGGGUGGUAUUAAUUUCUAGAUCUGGUGAAGAAAGCGAUUGGAUGGUGAAAACUUUGGUUCAUGAGCAUAGAUGUGUGCAGUCAAGAUCUAUUAAAGCGUGUACUUCUAAGUUUCUUGCAACCACCAUUCUUCAACAAGUGGAAGGAAACCCAACUAUCCCAAUCAAAGCUUUGUGUGUAGAGUUACAAAAGACAUACGAGGUGGGGAUGUCAAGAAUGAAGGUCUUUAGGGCUAAACAUCUUGCACAGAAACAUGUUCACGGAGAUUAUGAAAAGCAAUACAGCCUUCUCAGGGAUUAUGUACUAGAAUUACAACAGUGCAACCCAGGAACAACUGUGAAGAUUGAUGUAUACAGUGAACCAAAUGCAAACUUGGAAACUAGGAUGUUUAAGAGAAUUUAUGUCUGUUUAGGUGCAUUAAAACUGGGUUUUAAGGCAGGUUUAAGAGAUUUCUUAGGAUUCGAUGGGGCUUUCAUGAAGGGACCUUACCCUGGACAGGUUCUCACUGCUGUGGGUCUUGAUUCCAAUAAUGGGAUCUACCCACUAGCAUAUUCCAUAGUUGAAGCCGAGAACAAAAGCUCAUGGAGUUGGUUUCUAGAGUGUCUAGGUGAAGAUUUGGAGCUGUCUACAAAUUCAAACUUCACAUUUAUUUCUGACAGGCAAAAGGGGAUUUUACCUGCCAUUGCCAACCUAUUCCCUAGCGCUGAACACAGGUUUUGUUUAAGACAUAUUCACGAAAACAUGAAGCUACAAUGGAGGGGGAAGGAGCACAGAGAUCAUUUAUGGGAAUGUGCAACAGCAACAACAGUUAGACACUUUGACAGAUUCAUGGAAGAUUUUAACAAGUUCAAUUCAAAGGCAUGUGAUUGGUUAAAGAAAAUUCCACCCAAACAUUGGGCCAGAGCACAUAUUUCAGGAAGAGCACAUACAGAUAUUUUGUUGAAUAAUUUAUGUGAAGUUUUCAACUCAAAGUUGUUAGAUGCUCGAGACAAACCUAUAAUUACAUGUUUAGAAUAUAUUAGGGAAUACUUAAUGAAACGAAUUUGUAUUGUGCAAAAUGUGAUAGAUAAGUCUCAAGGGCCUCUUACCCCAACAGCCACAAAACUUUUAGAUGGAGUCAAGAAAGAUGCUUCUCAAUACACUUGCAUAUUUAAUGGUGCUGAGAAGACUCAAGGACAAGAACUGUAG